AUGCUCCCCCGCCUCCCCCCCACCGUACUUGUCCUUGCCGUCUCCGUCUGUGCCUACAUCCCUGCUUUGCCCACCAACUCGACUAGUGACGCCAUCGCAGGAGGUCUCAAUGUCACCGACAUCUCGAAGCUUCACAUGAGAUGGUUUUCCAACGGAUCCUAUUCUCAGGACGUCUCAUAUCAGUUGGCGGGAUACGGGAGCAACGGGAUGAGCAAGGGCGUCUUAGUUCACUUCUCAGAGGAGAAAGUGAGCAAUAUGACUCCCCCAACGUUGACACCAUGGAUUGCACUUGUCUCGUGUGACCGGAAUGCCACGAACUCUUCCAUGGAGGAGGACAUUUUCACCUUAGCCCGUGACAAAGGUGCUGUUUCGGCGGUGCUUUAUUCUCUUUACUCCGUCGCGUGUAUGAUUAAUCCCGAAUACUCUGAUCCGGCCACAUUCGAUCAAGUGUUCGACAUCUUCUCAACCCAAAGCUCAACAAGUUCACAUCUCAUUGAGUACCAGUUUGGCCAAUUGGGAGGACAGAACGAGAGCAUCUACGACUAUGAUUCCCAACAGCUCAACGACUCUCGGGAGGACGUCAUGAGAUCUACGAGCCAAAACUAUGCUGUCUCCUCUGGCUAUCUUCUGGCGAUUCUACAAGCCUACAACUCCACAGGCGGCAGUAGCGACCCCGUUACAACCGGAACCAGCAGCGCGCCCGCAGAGCCGGGGAAUUCAGGCUCGCCAAAUACCGCUCUCGCCAUGAUUAUCCUGUAUGCUAUCACAGGAUGCGUGUCUGCGUUAUUCUGUAUUGUGAUCAUUUCUGGGGCCAUACGCGCCGUUCGGCACCCUGAGCGAUAUGGGCCGCGGGCACGACUCGACGGCCCCCCGCAGAGCAGAGCAAGGGGACUGACGCGCGCCAUUCUAGAUACAUUCCCCAUUGUCAAGUUUGGCAAUGGUCAAGUUGCCUCUCAAAACUCUCCACCACCGCCUCGAGGAAAAGAUGUGGAAUUUGCACCUGCUAGAAUUAACAUUGAGAUGGACGCCCUACAGAAAGGAAAAGAAAUAAGUUCUCUUGAAGCCGCUGGUACCUCGGACUUGCAAUCAAUACACAGUCCACCUGCCGUGGCUCCUACCAACACAAUUGAAGACCCUUCUCCCAUGGAAGAGCCAGGCUCUUCUCGAACUACUAGUACUACAGACAAUAGUCCAGAGCCCGCUGGAGUCGCAGAAGGAUCAUCAAGAAACCCGGCGGUUGCAACAUCUAGUCACGCAGACCACGAUGAUGUUGUCCCUGCCUCUAUCGGACGGGAUACUUGUCCGAUUUGUAUCGUCAAUUUCGAGGAAGGCGACGACAUACGGGUUCUACCUUGUGAAGGGAAGCACUGUUUCCACCAGCAAUGCGUCGACCCUUGGCUUCUUAAGUUAUCGAGUUCUUGUCCAAUUUGCCGCCACGAUUUUCUCGCCCUUGAGAACAUGCUCUCUGGGCACUCAGACGAGGAGGUCAAUGACUCUGAUCAGCUCGCUCCGCCUAGAGGGCACAACAACGGUGGUGGCAGAUUCUCUCGCUAUCUACGCUUUGCUCGUCAUAGGCACCGCAGAAGGCGAGAAGACGACAACGAUCCUACAGAUCCCUACAUGCCCACUGCACCGGAAACAUCUCUGCAAGGCUAA